CGGCCCUGCCUCCCUCCCCGCGGGCGGCGCCUGUCCUCGCGGCGGCUGCGGCGGAUCCCGCGAGGCGCCAUCGCGGCCCGGCAGAAUGGAAGAUCAGUUUGCCUGACAUACAAUACAUUUUUCCACCUUCACGUUACCUGAGAGGAUGUUUCUCAUGAAUACUUCUCCUUUGAUGGCCCUUCCAAGAAAAUGGGAGCCCUUUCCUCAGUCAAGGAAUUGCAGGUAUCCGGUCUGUUUCUCAGAAUCUGAAGAAGAUCUGGCUAGAACAGCUGUCAAUGCCAAAGUCCAGAUGAUCAUAAACAAUUUGCAAAGUGAAGAGGUCUCCCUGGAUGCCAGCAGCAAAUAUGGCUGCAUCGUACAGAAAAAACAGAAGGCAGCAAAGGAUAGAGGGCACAAAUUUAGGAGGAAUGACCAGCUGCUACAGGAACAUAUUAACUACACCCUUUGUAGCUAUCCAACAGACUCUGAUGGAAUGGACAUGGAAGAGGGCACAGAGUUUGGACCUCACGCCUUGAAUUCUGACAGUGAUGAUUCUGUCGAUAGAGAUAUAGAGGAAGCCAUUCAAGAGUACCUGCGAAACAAGGGCCAGAAUCUUCCCCCGCUACCAAAUAAUGCCAAGAAUUUGCCCAGUAAGGAUGAAGAUCAUCCAGCCGAACAGAAAUUUCCUUCACACGAUGCAGCUUGUCAUUUAUUCCCUGCUGGUUGUGCUCCAGUCGGUUUGGCCCAGCCGUAUGUCCUUCCUGGUCACGUUGAAGAUCAUGAUGUCUGUUGGGCUUCCUCCCCUUGUAGCGUGAGCAGCGACGACUCUUUCGAAGAGAGCAUAAAAGCCGAGAUUGAACAAUUCCUGAAGAAAAAGAAACAGCAAGCAAGAAGGAAGAUCCCGAGGAGGGAUAAGCCGUUUCACCAGAAAGAAGAGCUUCAAGAGAAGCUAGCCCUCAGUCAGAAGGGCAGCAUGAACAGAGGGAAUCAAAGUUCUUUAAAGCAAGGAGGCAAGGCCUACUUCUCAAAAUGGCAUCCUGAGCUACAAAGCAUUGGCAGGGCUAUGUGCUUGAAGUCAAAUACCAGCGAAGAGCCUGCAGCCUGCAAAAUGGAAAGGCAAACAGGCUUUUCCACUCUGACAGUUCGUGAUUCCUCCUUUCUGGAAGAAAGCAAAAAAAGUGGGAAAAGGCUGAUACUUUGCAAUGCCCGGAGAGAGGCAAGAGUCGAAUGCACAGAUUUAUCUGAUUCGAGUAGCGAUGACGGGAUCGAAGAAGCUAUUCAGCAUUAUCAGCUUGAGAAGAUGAAGAAAGCUGCGGAGUCCAAAGCAGGCUGUGUUUCUUUGCAGAAGGAAGGGUUCAGCACCAGGAAGGCAGAGAAUAUCCCUCCAAGCGUGAGAAGUGCCUUGCCAGAAAUCAGUCCGAAAGCUCAGCGUUGCAAGAGGAAGGACGCCAGCGCGAAGGUAGCAGCAAUAAACACGCCUUGUAACCAUCUGGGGAAAAGCAGGAGGUUUUCUCCUCCAGAAAACAGUUUUGCCAAAUGUGCAGUCACACUUCAGGCUUCAUGUCGAGUAGACACGGCUGCCGAAUUAAUGUGUGCAGAAGCCAUACUUGACAUCUCCAAAACUAUUUUGCCUCUUCCAACAGCAAGUGAUCAUAAACUAUUCUCAACUAGCCCUUCCUUUUCUUCGCAGAACGUGCUACCUUCCCAGUACGAAAGUGACAACAAUAUUGUGGACAGUGACGAUAGCAUUGAGCAGGAGAUAAGAGCUUUCUUGGCUGUCAAAGCAAGGACCAAGCAUUUAAUAGCAAAGUCCACUUUCCAAGUGCCUCUGUCAUUGGGGCAGUCCAGGGAACAGACUCAGAGUUCCAAGGAAACGUCCCCCAAAUGCCUAAAACUGCCACUAAAACUGAAUCACAAAAAGACGCUUAAGAGGAAACGUGAAAUAGUCCCCCAGAAUGAAGAUGCACAGUUAAUCUCAGAGGUGGACUAUGUGGAUAAGAAUCUUCCAAAAUCCUCUGUCACCCAACCGAGAAAUGAAAGAACUGGAAAGAUGGUUCUAUAUCCAAAAGGCACAGAAACUCCUGUUCAUUCUACCGGUAUGCCAUGCCCUUUGCCUAACACACCACAUAAUUCUGGAAGUCUGGUAGAAAAUAUCACACAAGGUUUGCAGAAAUACGGGGCAGAUGAUAAAAGCAGCUCAUUUGAUAGUGAUGAGGAUUUGGAUACCGCUAUCAAAGAUCUCCUGAGAUCCAAACGGAAACUAAAGAAAAAACCCAAAGACCAAAGAAUCCACUGCAAAAAGAAAGGCCCAUUUGGUGAUGCUGAAAUGCAUAUUUUUUAUAAAAAUGAGAGAGACAGCCAAUUACAAACUCCCACCUUAUUUAAAAAGUGUCUUGUAGGUUCCAGGAGAGACAUUAGAGAGGGGUGUGUAAAGAAGGGGCCUUUGAGAAAACCGAAAAGUACCAUAGAGUUUGAACCUGAAUGUAAAAAGGAAUACCAGACCAAACCAGUUUCUGGAGCGGAAAUCCAACAGGCCACAAAGACCCAUCCAUGUCUGUGGGCUGUGACAUCCUUGGUGGAUGAGAGCAGUUCUGUAGAUAGUGAUGACAGCAUUGAAGAAGAAAUCCAGAGGUUCUUGGCUGAAAAGGCGAAAGCCUCCACCAGGAUAGGGGGGUUACCAGUUGCCACUGGAGUUGCUGGGAUUUUGAGAGCGGAGAAGCCCCAGGCCACUCUGUUGAAAGCAGAGUGGCAGCUACUCAGGCAAGGAAGCCCUGCCUCAGAGAAAGAGGGUCAAAAGGUGGGCAGGUUGGACCCAACAGGCUCUGAGGUGAGCAGCCGCCAGAGAUGCUCAGGAGAGAAUGAAGAAAAUGCAUCUCACCCCAGUGAACAAGCCAGACCAUUCACGGAAGACGGGAGCAGCCAGGCUAGAGUGGAAAACCCACCCGUUGCGGACAGAAAGGAGAUGGAGCUGCCUGUAAGAAGAGCUGCAGUCCAAAGAAAGGACAUUUGGGAGGACAGGUUCCAUCAAAGGACCCUCUCCUCUGGGAAAGGCAAAGCGGAGGAGUGUUGUAAAUGGCAAAAUUAUUUUAAGGCUGCGCCCUCUUUCAAAAGGAAGCGCUUGCAGGGAUUCAAAAUGUCCAGCAAAUUUCUAGCAGGUCUCAGUGGUGGUGGGAAUAAGAGGAAAUCUGAGCUUUUAGGCAAAAGACAACAGGACACCAACCUUCCUUUGCUCAACAAGCAUGGAGGGACCUUGGCAACACAUUGGUUUGGGAAGGGGUCUCUGCCCAAAGAGAUUGUGGGCUCCAGAAGUGAGUCAGGGGUAAGAGAAGCAGACCAAGAGACCACCGUAACUACUAAAGUGGUGAACCUGGUCAAACGUGAUAGUGUGGAAAGCCACAAAGGAGAUGCCAGACAAAGCCUUCCUUUGCAAGGGCCUGGCAUAGAAGAGACCAUGAUUAGCCCAGGGACAACAUGUGUUGAAGUCCCUGUUAGGAGAGGGAGACCCCUGGAGUACAGCCCCAGUUGGGAAAAGUGUGAGGUUCCUGAAGACCCUUGUGAUUUAUCCCUCAAAGGAAAGGUGAUCGGCCAAGGUAGUACAGCAGAGGCGCAAGCCCAGAAUCUUCUAGCUGGGCCAAUGAGGGAAUAACCCACUGUCUCCGGAAAACAAUCCCAGUUCUUAACUGCUUUGUUUUACAGGGUUGGCAUUCUAAAAGGCAACUAAAUCGAAAACUUCUAACAACGCUUCUCACCCAAAACUUAAUUAUCUGUGUUGGAAGAGUUGGAAGAGAUAAUAGGUGAAGGAGGGAUCCAGGUUCUUGUUGCAUUAAGAGCUCAGAUCAACCCUUUGUAGUGAACAAAAAUAAAUAAAUACCUCUUGUCACAGAGAUUCGAACCAGGUCAGUAUGGCAAAGCAACCAAAAUGAUAUUUUAGAGAACCUGAAACUGACAGGAGAGGCAGUGACCAUAGAGGUACUAUCCACUAUACUAUCCACACUUAUAACAAAAUACAUCUCCAAUUAGACCUAUCCAGCUUUUACUUUCUCUUUUGAUAAGAGUGGUUUUUGUUUAAUACAAAAGGCAAUGCUGGAAGGAAAUCUUUACAUGACCAUUUAUACAGCAUGCUUAACUUUGGUUACUGUAGAUGUUCAUAGCAGAUCACUGUGUUUUCAGGCUAUUUUCUAGUAAGCUUUCCAGGUCUGUGGGGCUCUUCCCCCCUGCAGCCUUCCUGGCCUCAGCUUGCAAGAUUUGGAGAGCCAGGAAUAUGGGAGCCGGGUUGAAGGAAAGACAAUCAGAUGGGAUACAAAAGGAAUGCUAGAAUAGAAGCCCUCUUAUACCUUCUUAAAGCAGUUAUCAGCAGCUGAGAAAAUGUUACAAAAGAGGCAGAACUGUUAAAAGAAAUGGGCCACUUGUAAAAACACAAUUUGUAUGACUUUCAGUGAUAAAAACACAUUAAAAAAAACAAUUGUGUCUUUAGAACUGAAAGUCAUACAGAUUUUUUUUUAAAGAAUCGCAUGGAGGCCCCUAUUCUGUUCUGGAAACUUCCUUCAGUUCAAAAUACCAAGCAUCCUUGAUAAUGCCAAAGGGGGGAGGGGGUCCAAGACUGGAAACACCCUUUUUCAGAUUCUUAAAACAAAAACCUUCAUUCAGUGAUCAUUCUUAGCUUGAUCACUGAAAGGUAGCGAGCUAAAAGAGCAGCCUUAAUUCCAAACUGAAAUUGAACCUGAUCUUUUUCGAGUAGCACUGUUUCUCCCUGUCCAUGCUGCUUUUCAUAGGAUUGAAAUCCUGUGUUCUGUCCAGUUAAUCUGUUUCUUCUGGUAAAUCCUGCUGAACAUUCCUUUCACUGUCAUUCUUGGGAUGAUGGGGUGUUUGUUGGAGCCUUCUGUGUUCACUUCCUGUUGAGUUUCAAAACUUUGUAGCUUGUAAUUUCAAUGCCCUUUGAUUGAAGAUGCACUUUUUAAAUUAAGAAACCUUUGUUUUGUACAUAAGAAAUGGUGUACAUUCAUACAUUUAUAAGAUUUAAUAAACUGAGUUCAGUUCAUGGACCUUU